AUGACGCUCUACUACAGCAUCGUAUUUGCACUGCUGUGCUUCGAGAUGACCAUGUUCAUGGUCCUUAUCGUCCCUCUGCCAUUCACCUGGAGACGCAAGCUCUUCCACUUCCUGGCGACCAACCCGGUCAUCGCCAAGUUCCAAUACGGUCUCAAAAUUACCUUCAUCUUCGUCGCGGUGCUUUUCGUUGACGCCGUGCAGCGAAUGGUCAAGGUGAUGAGCGAGGGCGAGACCGCCCGUGACAACCGUGGUGUUCAGGACGUCCGCACCGAGACCAACUACGCCGCGCGAAAGUUCUACAGCCAGCGCAACAUGUACUUGACCGGCUUCACCCUCUUCCUCAGCUUGAUCCUCUCGCGAACCUACUCGCUCAUCCUUGACCUAAUCAACACGCAGGAGGAGCUCGUCGCUCUCAAGAAGGGCGCCAAGGGCAGUGGAAGCGGUGCCGACAUCGAGAAAAAGUAUCUGACCGAGAUCGACACGCUCAAGAAGCAGACCAAGCAGCAACAGGAGGAAUACAACCGACUCAGCGAUGAGCUCGCCAAGGCUACCGGCAACGUCUCGACCAAGAAGGACUAG